AUGUCGGCCUGCCUACCGUUGAUCCAAGCCAGCCGUGCUAUCGGCAGCGUGAUCAGCACGGGUGACGUUGUGAUUUACGAAUCUACUGUUUAUCCCGGUGCCACAGAAGAAGUGUGUAUCCCUGAAAUUGAGGCGGUUUCGGGGCUUACUUUUAACGUGGACUUUUUUGCCGGCUAUAGUCCGGAGCGGAUUAACCCCGGCGAUAAAACCCACCGGAUAGUGAACAUUGUCAAGGUAACGUCUGGCUCCACACCUGAUGUGGCAGAUUUCGUUGAUCAGCUCUAUGCCAGCAUCAUCACGCAAGCGCGCACUCAUAAAGCAUCGAGCAUUCGAGUCGCUGAGGCGGCGAAAGUGAUUGAAAAUACACAGCGUGAUCUCAACAUUGCGUUGAUCAAUGAACUGGCAAUGAUUUUUGAACGCCUGGACAUCGAUACUGAAGAAGUUUUGCAGGCAGCGGGCACCAAGUGGAACUUUCUGCCUUUCAGACCCGGAUUGGUGGGUGGGCAUUGUAUCGGUGUGGACCCCUACUACCUCACCUACAAGGCUCAAGCCUGCGGCUACCACCCCGAGGUCAUCCUCGCGGGCAGACGUAUCAACGAUCAAAUGGGUGAAUACAUCGCGGGUCGCGUGAUCAAACUGAUGGCCAAAAAGUCGAUCAACCCGGUUGGCGCAAAAGUUCUGGUGCUUGGACUGGCUUUCAAAGAGAACUGUCCAGAUAUCCGCAACACUAAGGUUAUUGAUCUGAUCGGCGCAUUAGGCGAAUACAACGUAGAUAUCGAUGUCUACGACCCCUGGGUUGAUGACGCGGAAGCACAGCAGGCAUACGAUCUUAAGAUGACUGAUACCCUCACGCCAGCACAUUACGAUGAGGUUAUCCUGGCGGUCGCUCACGAAGAAUUCCAGCGUAUGGGUGUUGAAGGGAAGACUUUAGUGCGCGUGCUGAUCACCGGUGUUGCAGGUUUUAUCGGGUCCACUACUGCGCACAGGCUGUUGGAGCGAGGUGACGAAGUUAUUGGUAUUGACGAUCUUAAUGAUUAUUACGACGUCAAUUUGAAGAAAGCACGCCUUGCGCGCCUGCGUGAAAAGCCAGGCUUCAGUUUUCACAAACUUGAUAUUGCAGAUGCCACAGCGUUUAAACAAGUCUAUCAAUCCGCCGCACCGCAGCGGAUCGUUCAUUUGGCAGCUCAAGCCGGCGUUCGCUACAGUCUUGAGAACCCGCAAGCUUAUAUUGAUGCCAAUAUUACCGGCUUUUUAAAUGUGCUUGAGGCCGCGCGCCACAUUGGUAGUGAGCAUCUGGUUUUUGCCUCGACCUCUUCAGUUUAUGGCUCUCAUACGAAUAUGCCAUUCUCGGUUCAUGACGGCGUGGAUCAUCCUGUUUCACUGUAUGCGGCGACCAAAAAAAGUAAUGAGCUGAUGGCGCAUACCUAUGCGCAUCUGUUUGAUCUGCCAGUUACCGGAUUGCGCUUUUUUACCGUUUACGGCCCCUGGGGUCGACCGGAUAUGGCUGAUGAGGCCUGGAAUCCGGCAAAGCCAGACCCGGCCACUUCAAAGGAUGCCCUGGGUAUUAAAGCAAUACGUAAUUUAAUGCCUCUGCAGCCGGGUGAUGUGCCGGAUACAGCUGCGGACGUGAGUGACCUCGUCCAUGACAUGGGCUAUCAGCCGCAGACUCAGAUAGCCUAUAUGCAGCAAGACAAAGAUCAAACUAUUCUGGUGACCGGGGGUGCCGGCUACAUUGGCUCACACAUGUGUGUGGAGCUCCUGCAGGCCGGGCAUAACGUGCUUGUGCUGGAUGACUUGUCAAACUCCAGCGAAAAAAGUCUGCAGGCGGUUGAGCGUAUCACCCAGAAGUCUCUGUCGUUUGUGCAAGGAGAUAUACGCGAUGCAGAUUUACUGAAAAACCUGUUUGCUGAAAAUAAUAUUCAUGCGGUUCUGCACUUUGCCGGUUUGAAGGCUGUUGGCGAGUCGGUUGCUGAGCCUAUUCGCUACUAUGACGUUAACCUCAAUGGCACUCUGAAGCUGAUUGAAGCCAUGGCACAGGCCCAGUGCAAAACCCUGGUAUUUUCGAGUUCAGCCACCGUGUACGGUAUGCCAGAGAAGAUGCCCAUCGAAGAAGACACCUCAACAGGUGCAAUCAAUCCCUACGGCCGAUCAAAAUUGAUGGUUGAACAGGCGUUAAUGGAUUUGCACCAGUCAGAUCCAAGCUGGCGUAUCGCGCUUUUACGUUACUUCAAUCCUGUGGGCGCCCAUGCAUCGGGUGAAAUUGGCGAAGAUCCAAAUGAUGUACCCAAUAAUCUGAUGCCAUUUAUCAGUCAGGUCGCGGUUGGGCGCCGCGAUAAGCUCAGUGUGUUUGGGGAUGAUUACGACACGCCGGACGGUACCGGUGUACGUGACUAUAUUCACGUGGUUGACCUCGCUAGAGGUCAUUUGAAAGCGCUACAGUACCUUGCUCAGGGACCGACGCUCGGCGUAUUUAAUCUGGGUACCGGAAACGGAUAUUCCGUGCUGGAGGCAAUAAAAGCCUUUGAAGCCGCCAGCGGUACAUCCAUUGCUUAUGAGGUUGUUGAGCGGCGUGAGGGAGACGCUGCGGUGUCCUACGCAGAUCCUCAAAAGGCGCAGCGAGAACUUGGCUGGCAGGCAGAGUACGAUCUGGCACGCAUGUGUGAAGAUGUCUGGCGCUGGCAAAAAAAGCACCCCAAUGGAUUUAGCGACUAA